AUGAAUGUGCUGUGUUCAGCUUUCUUCAUGUUAUGUGGGAAUAAUGCAACUUCUGAGGUAGCCGCGUCAAUGCUCCCAUAUCGGUUACACAUUAGUUACACUCUGAAUAUGAUAGAAGUUUGUGCAACAUCUAUUGAAACAAAGCAUGUUUAUGAGGCAGAGACAAAAUCUACCAAAAUACUAGAUUCACAUCAUACAACUGUUUAUCACCCUAACUGCAAAUUCUGCACACAUGCGCUGCCAAAAAUGAAAUUGCAUUUACAAGCAGAUUUGAUUGGUCAAUUUCUUGUUAAUUUUGGCCUAAUUUGUGUUCCAAUUCGGCUAUUGGGACGCGCAAUUAGAGCGUUCAGAGCUGUCUCCACUCACCUUUUAAAUAGGCAUAUAUGUGGCUUAUUUUCUGAUUGUACGCAACCUUCAAAUCACCCAUCUGCCAAUCUCAUUGCCACUAGUGCCAAAUUUGUUCCAGCCACUGAAUUGCAGCCACAACACACACAAGGUUGUAUAUUAGAGGGACAAAUUGAAGAAAAUACGAGAAAUCGCAUUAGCAUCAUUUAA